AUGGCUACCAAAACCGUUGCAGACGAAGUUCCUUUCUUCGAUCUGUGCACAUUACUGGAGCGUAUUAGUCAAGCCAGCGGCAAGGAGAAAAAGAAAAAAAUUUAUUCCGAUUUUCUUAGCUCUUGGAGGACAGCUCAUUUCAAACUGUAUGGAAAGUCAUCCACGGAAGAUAGCUUUUUUUCUGCAAUGAGAUUAUUAUUACCACAAAUGGAUAAAGAGCGCUUAGCAUACGGCAUGAAGGAAACUGCUUUAGCUAAAUAUUACAUUGAUAUCUUGAGUAUCAGUAAGGAAAGCCCAGCUGCUCAAAAGCUGAUGAAUUAUCGUGCACCAGCAGCUGCCAAGCAAGAUGCAGGCGAUUUUGCAAGCGUCGCUUUCUUUGUUCUGAGAACAAGAUGCCCAGAGAAAGGAACUUUAUCUAUUGCCGAUGUAAACGAGUGUUUAGACAAUAUAGCUAUGGCUAAUUCACAAAGAAAGCGAGAUGAUGUCAGAAAUAAUCUACGAAAGUUGUUACGGAAUACAUGUGCUAUGGAACAAAAAUGGCUUAUUAGAAUGAUUAUGAAAGAGUUAAAAGUAGGCCUUAGCGAGAAUUCUAUUUUCAGCGUUUUUCAUCCCGACGCCUCCGAUCUGUUCAACGUUAGCAGCAGCUUAUCAAAGGUAUGCUCCGACCUUAUGGAUCCUGACGUGAGACUUAAUGAAACCUCAAUAGAGCUAUUCGUACCAUUUCGUCCUAUGUUAGCUGAAAGAUGCCCUUUGCAACAAGUUGAAAAACUAAUGAACCAUGAAAUGUUUUAUAUAGAAUGCAAAGCAGAUGGAGAUAGAAUGCAGCUGCAUAAGGACGGAAAUAAAUACAUGUAUUUUUCUAGAAGUUCUAAAGAAUACACUUCUUCAUUUGGAGCAACGCCUGAUGAAGGAUCCUUUACCCCAUUUAUCGUAAACGUUUUUAGUAGUCAAGUUCAAUCUGCCAUUCUAGAUGGCGAGAUGGUUGGUUACGAUAUGGAAAAUGACUGUUAUGUUCCUCGUGGUGAGAAUAUCGAUGUCAAAGCAGUAGGCAGAACGUCAGCUAUUAUACAACAAUGCUAUAUGGUAUUUGAUAUUUUAAUGUUGAACGGUAAAAAAUUAGCAAACCAUUCCUUGCAUGAACGACUCGGAUACUUAAAGCAAGUAUUCACUCCUAUACCUGGUCGAAUCAUGGUAGUCAAACAACGGCAAGCUACAAGUAAAAAAGAUGUUUUAGACUCACUUAAUGAAGCAAUAGAUACUAGGGAAGAAGGCAUCAUCAUAAAAAACCCAAUUUCCACUUACAAGCCGGAUCAGAGAAAAGGCAGUGGAUGGUUUAAAAUUAAGCCAGAAUAUGUAGAUAGCUUGAGCGAUCAAUUGGAUCUAUUAAUAAUUGGAGGCUACUUUGGCGUUGGCCGACGUGGUGGCCUAAUUUCUCACUUUUUACUUGGGGUAGCUGUACCUCCGGAAAAUCCUAGUGAACACCCUAAAGUAUUUCAAUCUUUCUGCAAGGUGGGGUCAGGAUAUACUAUUGCUGAAUUAAAAGAGCUUGGAGAGAAAUUAAAACCCUAUUGGAAACCCAUGAAUCCUAAGAAACUUCCACCAUACUUUCAAUUGAUGUCUGAAAAGCCAGACUUAUGGAUAGAACCGAUUCAUUCUAAGAUUGUACAAAUCAAAGCAGCCGAAAUUGUACCUUCAACUGACAAAUUUAAAUGCAAUUGUACCUUGCGGUACCCAAGGGUAGAACUUGUUAGAGAAGACAAAUAUUGGUAUGAAUGCAUGGAUCUAGAUGAACUGGAUCAACUAAAAUCUAUUGCAGAAGGAAGAUUGGCGUACCAACAUGCAGACGAAACCAGCGAAACAUUAAUGUUUGGGCCUUCCAAAAAAAGGCAAAAAGCAAAUAUUCGACCUGAAACUGUUUGCACAAUUGCUCCUCAAUUUCGAACGGCAGAUAUUAGUGACGUCUCACAAGUAUUUUCGGGUAAAGAAUUUUGUGUAGUGAGUGGACCGAAACACAAUCCAAAAGCCUCAGUUGAAAAGCGAAUUGUAGAAAACGGUGGUACAUUUGUGCAAAAUCCAGGAAUGGAAACAUUUUGUGUUAUAACUGAUCGUAAAACGAUACGUGCUCGAAAUAUCAUUAGCCAAAAUAUUUAUGAUGUCGUAAAAGUUGAUUGGCUGUUAGAUUCAUUGGCUGCAGGUAGAUGCCUAGAAUGGCAACCUAAUCAAGUAAUUCACAGUUCGCCUAAAACUGCAGAAGUUUUCGCGAAAGAAUACGAUAAAUACGGAGAUAGUUACACUAAAGAUAUUGACAACCCUGUCGCUUUAAAAGCGAUCUUCGAUAAAAUUAACAAUGAGGAUGAUUUAGUAAGUACUGCAACACAAAAAGAAAUUUGCGAUGUAGAGAUGAGGUACUUCCCUGACGAAUCUCCCCUAGGACUCUUUAGAAGAUGCAGGGCUUACUUCGAUUGGUAUCGUCAAGUUGACAAUGACGCGACCCGCAUACGAGAUAGUCCCCUAGACUUGAUUGGACUUAAUUUCAGAUAUUAUGGAGGAACUAUAUCUAGCAUUUUAGAUCGUCAUGUUACUCAUAUCGUGUUUGAUCCAAGCGAUUUAUCUCGAAUGCAAAAACUGCGAAAGUUAGACAAAAACAGAAAGUUAUUACGUCACUUCGUCGGCUCAGAGUGGGUGACAGCUUCGAUUGAUGCCGCUUCUCAAUUAAGUGAAAGAAAUUAUGAGCCAUUAAUGCCUCGAGAUAAUUCAAGUGACUCUGAAUAUUGA